AUGUUAGCGUCGAUUGACCAGUCCAUGGACGCGGGGGCGGCGGACGUGGAUGCGGCACCGAUUCGGCCCAUGGCUAAGCCGAGGGCCCAUGCGGAGGCAGAGCGUGAGGAGCAUGGGAGUGGAGGUCAUGCCGUGUUCCGUUCUUGGUGCAGGGCCUGUUGCGUGGGUCGUGGCCGCAUGCAGCCUGAUUGUGGGGCAGUCGGCCGGCGGGGCUCCUUCGCGCCUGUCAUUGCCAUCGACUGCGCUUAUUUCAACGACCGCGACGCCGAUGGCGAGGCUGCGGGCGAUUCGCCAGUUCUUGUUCUCAGAAGCUCUUGCGACCGUUGGUUGGCAGGGCACGUCGUCCCGAGCAAGGGGGCCGACGCUAUUGCGAUCGAUGCUCCGGUGAACGAGAUCGUUGUUUGCGGGGCGCCUGAGGUCAUCAUCGCGUCGGACCAAGAGCUGGCCAUUAAGGCGUUGAAGGACGCCGCGUGCAACAAGGCGCGGCUACGGGGAGUCGCAGCGCGGACGGAGGAGUCUGCCGCCCACGACUCGCGCGAGAACGUGAAGGACCAGGUGCGCACGCUGUUGGUGGCGCCCGGGGAGAAGUACGGCGAGGAGCUGAAUGGGGCGCACCCUGUGACGGCGAGGGCCGUCAGGCGCCGCGAGGCGACCCAGAGGUGCGACCAGGAGUUCCUGGACAAGUUCACGGCUGCGCCGUGGGACCGGCGAGGCGCCAGGCCUGCCGCGGCGCGCCUGGCCCCGCCGACCGCGCCGGAGGCCAGCACCGCGCGAGGAGGCGACGGUGCCAGCGCCCUGCGAGGGGGCGAGGGCGCAGGAUUAGGCGGCAAGAGGGAGCACGAGGCUUCCAGCUCGUCUGCGGGCAGUUCCGCGCCCGGAGGCGCCGCGGGUAGCCCCGCGCACCGCGAGGGCAGAGGAAGCCCGGAGAGGAAGAUGGAGCCCUCGAGGAGGAGAAGGCUGCCGCCAGAUGAGGAGAUGGCCCCCGUGGUCGAGGAGGACCUCGCGGAGGCCGUGGAUGCUGCUGCGAUGGGCGUAGACGCCGUCGCGGUUGCCGCAGCCUACAGCAAGGCUGGCGUCAAGGAGCGCGCUUGGGCAUUCAGGCUCGCUGCGGGCGCGGCCCUGUGCACGAGGGCCGGCUGGGGCCUCGCGAAGGAGGAGGGCCAGCGGAAGGCCAAGGAGGCAUUGGCCACUGAGCAGCCGUACUUGUUGCCGCUCGGUCCGAUGCGCGCGGCGCCGACGGCGCCAAAGCUGAUCGAAAGGCUCGAGGGCAACGCCUACGAGCUCACCGUCCGGGCAGUCGAGCUGGGCCCGACGCUGGGGGAGCCGAGCUUGCUGGAGAGCGCCCCCGUGGACGAGGAGGCGCAAGUUUUCCGCGAUCGAUGCACGGGUCUGCCUCUGGAUCCUGCGAUGGUCGCGCAGGCGCGUGAGGAGGGGCGGAAGCACAUGGGCGAGUUGGGCGUCAUGAAGGUGGCCCAGGUCUUAGUGCAGAUGGGCUACAAGCUGGGCCGUUUCAGCCCAUGCGUAGCCUGCCAGGCCGGAGUGGUGGCCGUUUCUGGGGCGAUUGCGAAAACGGUCCGCAUGACAAGGCACGGCGACGAUUUUGGAGUCAGCGGCAAGAGGUCGUUGACGGAUUCAUUCAAAGAUGAGCUCGGACGUCACCUGCUUGUGAAACACAGGGGGACGUUGGGCCCCAACAAGGAGAUGGGCGAUGUCAGCGAGAUCACCCACCUUAACCGCAUUUUGCGGUGGUACGCACCGGGAGACGUCGGCGGCGAGCGGAUUGAGCUGGAGGCUGACCCACGCCACGUCGAGUUGUUGAUCUGGCCGGCGGGGUUGGACGCUGCCGAGAGCAAGCCCGUGACCACGCCGGGUGUGAAGGCACCGGCAGGCGUUGACGACGGGCCGGUGCUCGAUGCGAGCCGACGAUCGGCGUACCGAUCGAUGGGCAUGCGAGCCGCGUACCUGUCCCAAGACAGGGCGGAGUUGCAGUUCAGCUGCAAGGAGCUUGCGCGGAGGAUGCAGCAACCGUGCCUGCAGGACGAGCGAGACCUCAAGAGGAUGGUCCGGUUCCUGCUAGGCGCCCCGCGCUGCGUGACGGAGUUCCGACGGCAGGAUAUGCCGAGAACCUUGGAUGUGUUCUCGGAUUUUGAUUGGGCUGGUUGCGUCCGCACUCGACGGAGUUCGAGCUCUUCGUACAUGAUGCAUGGCAGCCAUUUGCUGUGCAGCAGCAGCACCACGCAGAACGUGAUCGCCACGAGUUCGGGUAAGGCCGAGUUCUAAGCGCUGACGAAGUCGGCUUCCCGAGCGCUGGGAGGAGCAGCCAUGGCCCAUGGCGAAGGACCUGGCUGUGGAGGUCCAGCCGCGCGUGUUGGUGGACGCUUCCGCCUCGAAUGGCAUAGCGUCUCGGAGAGGAGUUGGUCGAGUACGCC